AUGGCAGGGCUGCACAACCUGACCUACAAGAAGGCGCAACACAUCGCCAAGGAGUUGGGCGACAGCAUUCGCAAGCUCGUCGUCAUAGUGGGCGAGCUGGCCACGUCACUGGAGAAAGUGUCCGACGUGCCGCCGACCGACUGGAUGGGCAUUGGAGACACCAUCGUGGCCAAAACAGAGAAGGUCAACCUGGCCGAGAUCGCCCCCUUCUGGACAUACAUCCCAAAAAUGAAAGACUUCCUCUCCAUAAAGCUGCUCGGUGCCGGAGGAUUCGGCGCCGUCUACAAAGCGGCUUACAAGCCGACAAACCUGGUAUGCACCAUCAAGCUAGUGGCGUGCGACCGCUUCCAGAGGCACAAACAGGCCUGCAUCGACAAGGUGGUUGCCUCCAUCAUCAGGUGCCCCUUCCUGGUCAAGUACUACGCCUGCUACUGCACACGCGACGCCUACGUGACCGUGAUGGAGUAUAUAUGCGGGGCAGAUCUCAUGCGAGUCGUGGAUAAAGCGGUGUACCUGCCCACCGAGGAGUGUCGUAUUGUCAUGGCGCAGCUCAUCCUCGCGCUGGAGCACAUGCACCUAAGGGGUCUGCUGCAUCGAGAUAUCAAGGUCUCCAACAUGUUGAUCAUCCCUGGUGGUCGAGUCAAGGUCAUCGACUUCGACACUAACAAGGUUUGCAUCGGCCACUUCUCGAAGCGCGUCUGCAGGGGCUACUUCUCGAAGACGGCGUUCGAGUUCCACGACGGGGAGUCCGCGGGCACCGUGCCCUACAUGGCGCCCGAGAUCCUCAAGCGGCGCCCGUACGGCCGCGCGUGCGACUGGUGGUCGGCGGGCGCCACCAUGUACAAGAUGAUGACGGGCCGGGUGCCCUUCCGUGGGGAGACUAAGGAGGAGCUGAUGGACAAGAUCAUCAACCAGCCCCUCAGGUGGCCCAAGGUCGAGGAGCACCCGCACUCGGCCACGCCGGAGGCCAAGGACAUGGUCUUCAAGAUGCUCAAGAAGAACCCCGUCGAGCGCCUCGGCUCGACCACGUACGCCGAGAUCAAGGAGCACCCUUUCUUCGCGGGCUUCAACUGGAAGCGCUUGUGCAGCGCCAAAGACAUCUGCAACAUCCCCGCCAUCGGUGACUGCAUGACUCGCAAGAAGGGGGACGGCAAGCCCGAGCGACUCACAACCACUACGAUCCUAGCCAUCAUUUACGUGGUCAAGCAACAAGCAGCUGCAGGCAUACAGCUAUGCGGAGCUGCAUAUGCCUACCCUCCCAUACCGUUUUCUAUGUCCGUGCCUCAAGACUCCCGCGCCUUCUGUGAGGAGGCCAACCAAACCAAUAAGCACCGAUCCGAGGCGGCCGCUCUGCAUGCGUUCGGCUUCCCGGACAGCGGCAUCCGCCGGUUCUGCGUGCGCGACGCCGGCCCGGGUACCAUUUGCAGCAUGGUCUACUCGGUCGAGGGCACCUCCCCGGAGGAAUACCACAGCGACCGUCGCUGA